GCAGCAUUUGACCAGGCCGCUAAGGAAUUUGGAACAAUCGUAACAAAUUAUAAGGACAAGGUUUCCAACGAGGAAAAGUUAAAAGCGUAUGGCUUGUUCAAGCAGGGUACGAUUGGUGAUAAUACCACCG